AUGUCUGCUCCAAUCAACAAAGAAAAGGUCGAACAAGAACCAGCUCAACAAAUCCACAAGAUUAGAAUCACCUUAACUUCCACCAAAGUUAAACAAUUAGAAAAUGUUUCUGCCAACAUUAUCAGAAAUGCUUCUCAAAACAACAUUGUCAAGAAGGGUCCAGUUAGAAUGCCAACCAAGGUUUUAAAGAUCACCACCAGAAAGACUCCAAAUGGUGAAGGUUCCAAAACUUGGGAUACUUAUGAAAUGAGAAUUCAUAAGAGAGUUAUUGACUUACAAGCCCCAGCUGCUACUGUUAAGAAGAUUACUCAAAUCACCAUUGAACCAGGUGUGGAUGUUGAAGUCACCAUUGCUGCUUAA